CUUAUUUAAUGUUUUCGUUUCAGUGUCUUUCUUCUUCCUUUGAGAGAAGAAACCAAAAGAAUUGAUUUUUGUGUUAUCUCUGUAUUGCUCUAUACGAUGUGUUACGGUUACAAUCAAUCGUUUUCGUCGCGUAACAGUCUCCGUCGCCGAUCGUACGACCGGGAAGAAGAAGAAGAAGAUUCAGUGGUUGAUGAUCUCCGAGACCGGCUAGCGGAAACCGAGGCGCGGCUGAGACGAGCAAGGGCGAGAGAAGCUGAGCUAAGCCGUAGGUUGGAGCAUAUGAAGAGAUUCGUUUCGGUUAUGGAGAUCAUUGAGACUUUCUUGGAACGGCGAUAUCAAGAGCAGAAAGAUCGACUCGUUCGUCUUUUCUCUCCUGUAUCCACGAAAUGAAAAAAAAAAAAAUCGUUUCUUUCAUCUUGAUCUUUGUUUCUUCUUUUGGUGUGGGGGUUCUCUUUACCUUUUGACUCUGUUCCCCUUGUUUGUUUGUGUUUUGAAUAGUAUCAGUUAUAAACGUAAUUGUCAGCA